AUGGUCAUGAACUUUCCGACUGUUUCCAAAUCAAAGGUUACCCGGAUUGGUGGGGUGAACGUGGAAGGAAUUUUGGAGAUGCGAGAGGCGCUGGAAACAGAGGUGGUCGAGGUCGUUUUGGAAGAGAAUGAGGAGCUGUUGGUAGUUAUGGAAGGGGGAGAGGUUCGAAUUUGGCUCGUGCCAAUGUUGCUCAAAUACAGCCCGAGGCUCUCGGAUUUGCUCACUCGGCACUUGCUCAACCUGCUGCGAAUUCGAUGUCAGCACCACGCCGUGCAGGAGAAUUUGAUCGAGCCUCUUUAA